AACCCUCUUUCUCUCUUACUUCCAGUUAUCAAUGCAGAAACACAAGUUGCAAGUCAUGACAGAUAGCCAGAAAAUUCACCCUAUGGUGGCAGAUGUGGAAGCACCGCCACCAACAUCACCGUUGGUGCCUCCAGGUUCAACAAUGUCAGACAAAGCCACCACUCCUCCUCCUCUUCGUCCUCUUCCACCACCACCAUUAUGUAAUAAUAAUGAUAUUCCAGCAACAAUUUACCCAGAACCGCAGAAGACGAGAAAAAGCUGUUGCUGCAAGUGCAUAUGCUGGACAAUAGGUAUUAUCUUCUUUGUACUAAUUCUCAUCGGCGCCAUUGCUGGCAUUCUCUACCUUAUCUUCCAACCCAAAAUUCCCAAAUAUUCUGUCUAUAGCUUGAGAAUAAGUGAUCUAAGGCUCAAUUUUGACGCGAGUCUUUAUGCGAAAUUUGAUGUCAAGAUCACAGCCAAUAAUCCAAACAAGAAAAUAGGUAUUUACUAUGAGAAGGGAGGACAUUUGAGUGUAUGGUAUGGAGAGACACGUCUCUGUGCAGGUUCAAUACCAAAGUUCUAUCAAGGUCAUAGGAACGUAACAAAGCUAGAUGUUAGCUUAAGUGGACAAACACAGUAUGGAAGCACUUUAAUGCAAGCAUUACAAGAACAACAACAAACAGGACAAAUUCCGUUGGACCUUAAGGUGGACGCACCAGUUGCUGUGAAAUUUGGGAGACUGAAGCUGAGGAAGGUGAGGAUCUUGGGAGAUUGUAACUUGGUUGUGGAUAGCUUAACUACCAACAAUAUCAUUAGCAUUAAAGCUAGUAAUUGCAAGUUUAGAUUGAAACUCUGA